CCCAUUGGUGGACAUCUAUCCUGGUUACCAACCAACACUACUCACUGGGCACAUGAGAAAACAGAAAAACUCGUUUAUUACAAAGCUAAUGGCUGACAAAGUACCGUUAUUACACGGACACGGUGAUCAAACGCUACACAGAUUUUAAUGAUAUUAUUGGAGAAGCACCGGCCCGCUGCAAAAUAUGGGAUAGGGUUAAGUGAAGAGCAUCAUCUGCAGCCACACAAUGGAUAACGAGGAGAGUCAGACAUGCCAAGGAGAGAAGCAAGCCUCGGCUGUGGACGACACCCUGGAUGAAUAUUUAAUCUCCCUCCAGCAGAAAAACAGGAUCCUUAAGCGCCUUAAAGUCAAAGACCCCAGGCAGAUUGAGUUGGAACAGCUCGAGCAAGGUUUUUCCAUUUAUCUUAACGGAGCCAAUGCUGAAGCCAAGGCGAAGCAGACAAAGAGCUCCAACCACAAGUCUGUCACCUCCACACCCGCCUGGAGGCCUGCACGGGCAGCAGAUGUCUGUCGGAGCGCCCACCAGUUAACCGAAGAUAGCUGCGAUCUGGAGGAGAACAGCAGGAAGAGGAGUCACACUGCUCCGGGAAAGGUCCAGAGGAAAGAAUGGGCGCAGGAUUCUGUCAGGAUUCGAACAGAGGAAGGACCAAGUGUGCAGAUCUGCCCAGAAAAGCGCUACUCUGAAGAUUUCGAGCCCUAUGGAAGCAUAGACAUGGAGAGCUCCAGUCUGCGCUCACCUCGUAGUCCCCGCUCCCCGAGGGACCCCUGCAAGGUGUCGCGCUCCUUCAGCUCCAGGCAUGAGAGCCAAGGAGGGCAAGCGAAUCAGGAACACAAUGAGAAAGUACUUCUCAACCUUGAGGAAGUGAAGGUGCUGCGCCGGAGCCUGGAGGUUAGCAUGAGGCGGAGCAGCCGCGGCUCAGCGGGGGAGGAGUCAGACGAGGAGUGGGUGGAGGAGCAGAUCGAGAGGGACGAGAGCACAGAGAGUCUGGAUGAACUGGGGCUGCCUCUCUCCUCCUCAAAGUCCUCUUCCAACCCUCGCUCCAGCAGCUCCCACAGAGACUUUGACUCAGCAAACCUCAUUGUCCUCGACUUUGGACCCUCAACUCAAGGUCGUAAGAUUGAACGCUCUCUGUCUGCAAAGAGAAGAGAAAACACUGACGCCUUUGUACCCACCAAGCCUAUGUUGGUGAAGAGCAAAACAUUAGAUAGGCCGCCUUCCAAAGACAGCUGGGAUUGUCAGAGGCCAAGGAGUCGGGUGGAGAGGCCCCUGUCAGCCGCCAGAAAGGCUUCUGUGGAGGAGCGGGACCCGGAGGAGAUGGCAUGCAGGGUGCGCCAGGCCAUCCAGAGAGAAAACGACCCCCUGCAGAGUCUGGAGCUCUUCAGCCGCAACACGGGCCGGGGACACCAGCUGACGAAUGACUUAGCGCACAACGACAAAGAUGAGAACAGUGUCAGUGUGGCCAUGCAGAGAAUCACGCUCAUGGGCCACGGGGAACAACAGAAACUGCUGAAAGCCUUGGAAAAUCUUGAAGCAGGACCCAGCGACAACAUUCCUCCGAGUCUCAAAACAGACCCUAACAAGCAACUGACAAGGCUGUCCUCGACGGAGGUCGCCCCUGCAUUGUAUGUUACCAUGGAGAUCCUAUCAAACUGGGGGAGCGCGCUGCAGGUCGGGCUGACUGAGCUGCAGUUCUUCUGCCUCAGAAACAAGAAGCUCUAUGUGUCUCCUCACGACCUCGACAUCAGGAACGCUGACUACCCCGGGAAUCUGGGGGCGCUCGUUAACGGAAAGGUCAAGACCACCAAAGAGCGUCACAUGUGGAUGUGUCCGUUCCACCCCCCCAUCCAGCUCUACUUCGUCAUCAGGAACACGGAGCGCUCCCCAGACUUUGGAAUAUCUCGCAUCAAAAUCUGGAACUACAACAAAAGCCUCAAUGAUCUUGACAUUGGUGCCCGCCAUAUAAAGCUGUACCUCAACAGCACGUUGGUGUUUGAAGGAGAGCUGGAGAAGGGCUGCGCUAACCAGGUAUUUGACUACAGCACCACCGUUGACCUCCAGGAUUUCCAGGUUUCGGACUCCGUGUUCUCCAGCCCUGUGUCUUCAGGACACAACCUGCGGGGUGCCAGCCCCCAGCGCCAUGAAGACAGGAAGGGUGGGGAUGGCAGCAGCACCCAAAACCACCACAGUUGGAAUCCACAGCCAUCAGACGCAGGUAUCCACGCUAUGUUAGACAUGCAGGAGAAACCACACCCUCUGCUGCCCCCCAUCGCUCCACCUGUUGGGGUUUCACCCUCCGCUCAUCGCUCCUCCACACAAAGAAACUCUUUUGAUCUGUCCGCCCCAGAGGAGCCGCCUGCACCCAUGGAGCAGACGGUCACCACCCAGCCGUCCUCCUCCAGGGUGGCCCCCCAGUGGCUGCAGCCGCUGAACAGAGGAGCUCCAGAAGGCUGCGAGGCCAGCAGAGAAAGGCCCCGAUGGCUGGUGCCGCAAAACUCCGUGGAGCCCAAAUCUCCGACAGCCUCAUCCUCCUCACUGCUCCCGGAGCUGCCGUGCAACCCGGGGCGAGUGUGCAGGGGGUCGGAGAGGACGUCGAACGGGGCUCAGUGGAAAGGAGACUCUUUGGAUCUGAGCUGCGACCUGCUGGAGGAGCUGGCUGAGCAAGCGGCAGACAAACCUGUCAGCGGACGCAGGAGCUCAUUCAGAAACACUGCAGCCACUGGCAGGCAGACGGAGGAGCAGCAGCUCAGAGCUACAGCACUGUCAAACACUGAGGAGCCGAUGCCAUUGAGCUCUCGCAGGAGGCCGUGCUCCUCUCUGCUGCACAGCCAGCAGGACGACACCCUCAGGGAGUCCUGGGACUCUCUCACCAAGUUCAAACAAUGCCAACGCGGACGCAUCUCCAACAUGGGCUUUGAGGGCGACAUCUUCGACGAGUUCCUCCAGCGCCAGGGACGCGGUCCCCCCACACUCCCAGUAAGCCCCUCCACAGCCCCCAGGAGCCCUCGGUCCCCCUUCACCCUUCAGGGGGCAAUGUGUGAGGGCCCUGAUGAUGAUCUGAGCAUGGAGAGGGAGGAGGAGUUUGAGAUCCCGGUGCUGCCACAGGGCUCCAGGCUGGUCAUCAACAUCCUCUCCACCUGGGGGGAUCGCCACUACGUGGGCCUCAACAGCCUGGAGGUGUUCAGUUCCAGCGGGGAACCUCUACGCCCGGCUCACAUCCGCGCUGACCCCCCAGACAUCAACAUUCUGCCCGCAUACGGCAAAGAUCCACGCGUGGUCACUAACCUGAUCGACGGAGUAAAUCGCACACAGGAUGACAUGCAUCUCUGGCUGGCGCCCUUCACCCCCGGUCGAAGCCACACCAUCAUCCUGGACUUCGGAGCGCCGUACCAGGUGGCCAUGAUCCGAGUGUGGAACUACAACAAGUCACGCAUUCACUCCUUCAGAGGGGUGAAGGAGGUGGAAAUGCUGCUGGAUGGAAGGUGCAUCUUCAGGGGAGAGAUCGCAAAGGCCUCUGGGACGCUGUCUGGAGAGUUGGACCAGUUUGGUGACACCAUCCUCUUCACCACUGACGAUGAGAUCCUGGAGGCGAUGUCUCGUUAUGAUGAAACCUUCCUGAGUGAGGGCGAGGGUCCUGAGAGCCUGGUUUCUGAGGAGGAGCUGCAGAGACCCCGCACCGCUGACGGAGAGGGAGAGGAAAGACCCUUCACACAGGCCGGCUUCAGAGAGGAAGACCUCAAAUUGAAGCUCCACCUCAACCCCACUGUGAGACAGUCUGAGGAGAACAUGGAUCAUAUUUUUGGGAUGUACACGGGAAAGUGCCUUAGACUGGAGCUGGUGAUGACCUGGGGGGACUCGCACUACAUGGGGCUGACAGGCCUGGAGGUGGUGGGGCAGGAUGGAGAGGGUCUACCUCUAGACCUCAGUAUGAUGGCCGCCUCACCCCGGGACCUCAACGACCUGCCGGAUUACGAGAAUGACCUGCGCACGCUUGAUAAGCUUAUAAAUGGCCACAACAUUACGACUGAUGACCAGCACAUGUGGCUGAUCCCUUUCUCCUAUGGAGAGCCGCACACCCUGAACAUAACGUUCAACAAGACCCAGACCAUCGCUGGACUCCGAAUCUGGAACUACAACAAGUCCCCUGAGGACUCCUACAGAGGGUUGAAGAUGAUCCAUGUGUUUAUGGAUGAAGUUGCCGUCUCUCCAUCGGAGGGCUUCCUGAUCAGGAAAGGUCCUGGAAACUGUCACUUUGACUUCGCCCAGGAGCUGCUCUUCGUAGAUUUCCUCCAGACGCCCACCGACAACAAGAGUGCAGAGGACUACCACAGAGGAAGCUCUAAGAAACAGGAACUGGCCAGCAUGGACUAUGAAGCUCCCAUCAUGCCUUGUGGAUUCAUCUUUCAGCUGCAGCUGCUGACCACCUGGGGAGACCCGUACUACAUCGGCCUCAACGGCCUCGAAUUUUAUGACCAGAACCACGAGAAGAUCCGUCUCAGUGACAACAACAUCGCUGCUUUUCCAGACAGUGUGAAUGUGCUGGACAAUGUGAGCGGUGAUGUGAGGACUCCAGAUAAAUUAAUAGACGGAGUCAACAGUACCCACGAUGGAAGAUACAUGUGGUUAGCCCCGGUGCUCCCUGGACUGGUGAACCGCGUGUACGUCAUCUUCGAUCAGCCGGUGACGGUGUCCAUGAUCAAACUGCAGAACUACUCAAAGACGCCACAAAGGGGAGUGAAGGAGUUUGGGCUGCUGGUGGACGACCUCCUGGUGUAUAACGGCAUCUUGGACUGUGUUAGCCACGUGGCUCGAGGCAUUCUGCCCACCUGUGACCCCGUGGUGCCGUACCACACCAUCCUCUUCACCGACAACGCCUACAUCGCACACCGCGAGAGGAACACUGUCAUCAGCCCCCGCGGCGGCAGACACCUCCAACAUAAUUACGUGGAGGACCAGGAUGUGAAGAUGACCAAUGAGAAUCACAUAGUCCAUCAUAACAAGAAGAAGCAGACAGCAGAUCCAGCUCUUCGGCCUAAAACCUGCAUGACUGACGGUGGGAAACACGGAAAGAGGAGGUACUGACAGACAAAAAAACAGACUGAUGUGGAUUCACUGCUCAAACAAAGAAAACUGAAUUAAACAGGAGGAACUAUGGCUGACUUUUAAGCUCGCUUUUUGGUGGGUCACUUGAAAACUUUCUUAACUUUAACACCGAAAGCAGCCACGGUUUGUUAUGGCGACUUCAAAGUGUCUCACGUAGUCCUCACUGAAGAGAUACCAAUGGGUUUGCUCACACACGCACGCACACAUGCACACACAUGCACACACACACUAGAUUCCACUUUAUGGUUGGAUCGCUCUCCUCUCCCCCUACACUUGUUAUUCUGAACACGUACUGUAUUGUUGCCCCCCCCCCACAGUGCCAGGAUGAACCUAUAAGGCUGUUUUUUUUUAUCAGCCCUAUUAUUGUGCCUCGUACUAAACACUAUAUCUGUGGCUGCUACUUGUGACUCUUGUGCUGCAUAUUUAAAUGCUGCUCGUGGCGUGAAAAUACCUUAUUAAAAAAGAAAUAGCUCCAAGGCCACGUGAAAACACUAUCAGGAUAUGGCCAAUGCUACGGUUUUAUGUGAAUAGAGUGGUGCAGGAAUGAGUCCUAAAAUCUGGUAAUAAGUUAGCAUUUGACCACUUCCGGUUCCCUUGUCUUAAACUCAAUGUUUUUGGUUAGAUGCCUGAAAUAAGUUCCGUGGUAACACCCAUUUAAGGUUUUUUAAUAUGUUCUUAAACCUGAUAUACAUCAGUAAACGCACCACUUGUGAAUUGUCAUACUAGAAUGUGAAUAACUGAGAUUAGUAUACGUCACGUCGGUCGAACACGAGACUAUUCAUUUUGCUUCAAAAAUUAAGUACCAUAAAAGUGUGUUUGCCACAGAGCUUAUUUACUACAAUAUUCAGAAAUCAGAAAAUAGAUUUUUGUCAAUGGAAACCUUACGAUAUGCGAUGCUAACUUUCUUGUCGGCCCACAAAAACACGUCAUCACUGCACCGCUCUAUUGUGUUCACUGGUGAUGAUCUUUAAAAACUAGCUAACACUCCCAGCAGUUCACAAACCAAUGCUAUGCAGAAGCUAAUUUAUAUCUAUUAACAGUUUAUAUCUGUCGGCUACUAUAUUUCAAAGCCUAACAGUAAUACUUGGGGAAGUGCUUCGACUGAGCUUUUCACCUUUUUAAAAAGAUUUAUAUCGAAGGCUGAAGUAGUUAGUUGAAAUCAGUACAGUGGUCCGAUUUUUGUACAGUUCAACUUGAAGCUGUCCACACUUGAAUCUUCGAUAUACAUUUGGCUUUACAAAAUUAGGGUCAGUCUAUAUUUUUCUGCUUUGCGUCAGGUAGAAAAACUUGUUUGCAAUCCAAGUGACCUUUAUCCAAGUUGCUCUUUAAGGUAGAUGUUAUGGAGGCAAACAUUUCAUGAACCAGUAAAAGUCAUUUAGUUCGAAAAAAAUCUACAUUUGCCAUUUAAAUUUCAAGUAGAGUCAGUAACAGGCAACUUCUAAUAUGCAAAUACUAUAAACUUACCUCAAAUUGAGAAGGUUAAUGUUCAAAAAGGGAUUCAUCUGAUUCUACCUUCACUAUAAUACUUAAUAGUUGGUGUCGUACAUUCAUUAUUCAAUAUUUACUGUUCUAACUUGUUGCAUGGGAGAGUCUCUUCAGCAUUAGCCGUUGUUAUCAUCUUAAAAUGUUAGACAUUUGUGUUUGGAGGAGUUUCUACUGCUUCAUUGAGCCCCAAUGUAUAUCAACUAUUUUAUACUCCUCACUCAUGAUGGGAGUAAUUGUAUAUGAAAUGCAGUUUUAUGUAUUUAAUUUCCGCGUGUCCUACAGCAACAAUGGUCACCACUCUGUGUCUGCUCUGUAGGGUGGUGGCUGUUAUUGUAUGUGUGGCAUUUAGUGUUUUGAAAUAUUUAAUUAUUUUUCUAAUAUUGAUUACAUAUGUAUAUUUGAUGUAGGUUUAUUUGAAAUGAAUAAAAUGUAAGCAAAUA